GCCCGAUGAACCCAAUGAACCCAAAACCCCUGAAGAACCUGAAGAAUCUGAAGAAUCUGAAGUGCCCGAAGAAUCCGAAGAACAAUUUCAGGAAAGAUCUCAGGAAAGAUCACAAAUAAAGUCUCGAGGAAGGCCCAGAGGAAGAUCACAAGGAAGGUCCCGAGGAAGAUCGCAAGGAAGGUCCCGAGGAAGAUCGCAAGGAAGGUUUCAAGGAAGGUCACAUGGAAGGUCCCGAGGAAGGUCACAAGGAAGGUCUCGAGGAAGGUCGCAGAGAAGGUCCUGUAAAGAACCUCAAAAAAAAGUUCCAGACUAUUAUUAUCUUACAAACAUUACUGUAUAUUUUCUCCCACCUAAUAUGACUGCACAUCUUCAACCAAUGGACGCAGAU